AUGGCUGCCUGCAGCCUGGCACUAGAACUGUGGCUCCUGCUGCUUCUCCAGGAUAUCCAGACAGCCUCACAGGCGUCAUUAACCCCAUCUCAUUCCUGUGAUGAGAAUCAGUUCUAUGAUGAAACUUCACAAAGCUGCUGUUACCAGUGUCCCUCAGGCUAUGUUAAAAAGAGAGCAUGUCCUAGGGACCUAGGUGAAGACUGCAUGAGAUGUGGACCCGAACAAUAUGUAAAUGAAGCAUUCCCAAAGCCACGAUGUGACGCUUGUGUAUCAUGCGCAAAAGAACCUGACCUUGUGGAGAAAGAGCCCUGCUCCUUCAAUUCAAGCCGUGUGUGUGAGUGCCGCCCAGGCUUAUUCUGUCAAACCACAGUUCUGAACACCUGCAUACGAUGCCAGCAGCACACAGUUUGCAAGCCUGGUUUUGGAGUCAAAGUCAAAGGCACCUCAACAACUGAUGUUAUUUGUGAACAGUGCCCUUCUGGGACCUUCUCUGAUCAAAACUCCAGCACUGCCAUCUGCAAGCCCCACACAAACUGCACCGAGUUAAACAAAGUAGCACUAAGCAAAGGAAAUGCCACACACGAUCAGGUUUGCCUGGACCAAUCACCAACCUACCUCACUCCAAGCACUUUGUCUGUAAGAUUCAGCAAUGAAACAAGUAACUCUGGCCGAAGAAGGCUUGGGGAGAACCUGGUGACCGUUACUAGUAUGGUUUUAACUGCCACAACAACUGAAACCCUCAGUUCAACUCCUGAGGAGAAAGCUCUGGCUGACACUUUUCCUACCUCAGCCAAGGGGGUGACGACAACAGGAGGUCUAGUUCUUUGGGGAGUGAUUCUCUCUGUGAUUGUGCUACAUGUGGGCAUGCUGUUAUUUUGCAAAUUGAAAGUUUGCAAGAAGCGGAUCCUCAUCCUCAAAGGAAAGCCACAUCUGCGUUUUGUCACUUCAGACAAAUCUGGGCUCAAAUCUCAAGGUUCUGAUCUACUGAACAAAUGUGCAAAGAUCAUGCUGACUGCUGACAGUGUGCCAGAGGAGGAAGAGCUGAUUGACAGAACCCUUCCUUUGGAAACCAACAAUAACUUGGUCUCCAGGACAGAAGUGUAUACUCCUGAUCUGAGCCUGACCGAUGUGACACAGAGCAAUGGAAAUGCCCCAGAUGGGCCUAUCGACUCUCGAGUGAGAGACCACACAAAUAAUCGAAUUGAAAAACUAUACAUCAUGAAGGCUGGCACUGUUAUUGUGGGGUCCAUUUCAGAGAUGCCUAGUGGCAAGAACUGUGCUGCUAGAGGAUGUGAAAGUAAUGUUGAUGCCCAGGAAAACAUGGAAGAGGAACUGUCAAUGCACUAUCCAGAGCAGGAAACAGAGUCUUUUCCAGGGAAUGAUGUAAUGGUUCCUGUGGAAGAGGAGGGAAAGGAAUUUCAUCACCCCACCACUGCCACUGAAAAGUGA